GUCGAUGAGCUUCAACUUGUCGAGGAAGUCCACAAGGUCUCCUUGUACGGGUCAUCGCGCUGUGAACUUGAACUGGACAGUGACGGGAAGCUGUGGUCUGUCGCGAAUGGACUUUCUGGACCGACCUGUACGAUGUUAAUUUCGAACGGAAACACGUUGGGUGGCGGAAACGAUUUUUCUAGUGUUGCUGCACUAUCUGGGUGUUGUCCUGUUCCCGUAACUCCCUCGUCGCGAUCGGCGAUCAUCAACUGGAAGAUGGACUCCGUCGGAUUGCCUACGCCAAAUACGGCGCCUAGCGUCCUGCCCACGGCUAUUCCUCUAUCACCAACAGUAUCUUCUGCUUCCAUAGGGAACUCGAUAGCGGUGACUCCUUCGUCAACAGUGCCUUCAUCUUUAGGACCCGCAGCUUUAAGGGAACUUUACGGAAACACAGGCGCCAAUCCUGGUCAUCCUUUGGCUUCUUUAGUAUCCCAACAGAGAUUUUUAGAGCUCUCUAGGUUUGGAUUAAGGCACUAUGAUCUAGCUCAGCAUAUGCUCACCCAGCAAGGAGCUGUUACCAAAUUACUGGGUACACUAAGGCCGCCGGGACUCAUUGGUGGUAGCAAGCCGAAAGUCGCUACUCCCGCCGUGGUGUCGAAGAUUGAGCAAUAUAAAAGGGAAAACCCCACAAUAUUUGCAUGGGAAAUACGGGAGAGAUUGAUAUCUGAAGGCGUGUGUACAAAUGCAACAGCCCCCUCGGUCAGCAGCAUUAACCGAAUUCUGAGGAACAGAGCGGCAGAACGAGCGGCAGCAGAAUUUGCUAGGGCUGCAGGUUACGGGCUAUACCACCACCACCCUUAUGCCGCAGCCGCAGCUUUCCCUUGGCAUUCACCGUUGUGGCCAAACGGCCCUCUUGGUCUGCAGCCUCCUGGUGCCGCGAAUGCGACGGUAAUGGCAGGCUCACCCGCAUCAUCAGGUUCUCCUCAUCCCGAUCACGGACUUAUGGGUUCGCCACCUGGGGGAAACCUCGACAAAGACGAUUCUAGUCUGGACAGCUCUGAACAACCGAAAUUCAGAAGAAAUAGGACUACUUUCAGUCCCGACCAGUUGGAGGAGUUGGAAAAAGAGUUCGAGAAGAGUCAUUACCCGUGCGUAUCCACGAGGGAAAGACUGGCUUCAAAGACAUCACUGUCGGAGGCUAGAGUGCAGGUUUGGUUUUCCAACAGACGAGCGAAAUGGAGACGUCACCAGCGGAUGAACCUCCUCAAACAAUCCUCGCCAGGGCCCCAGAACAGUCAGUCUUCGAUGUUCGGCGGCCGCUUGACCCCCUCGCCUCACUACAAGGGCGGUUCCACCCCUGGCUCCCCGCUUACUACUCAUCUCACUACCCACCCCACGGCUUCCUCCCUUUUGCUGCAGAUGGGGGGCGAAAAUAGUGCCUUCAAAGCUUUGGUGCCCAACGCGCUGCUAAGUUCGCACGACACCCUUCGGAGGUUGAGCGACUAUGACGCGUCGGAUUCAGAAGAGGAGAUCAACGUCAACGACGAGUCGGACGUAGAGGAGGCGGUGGAGAUGCGGAUGAGAUCGAGGUCGUCGAGUCCCGUAGAGGUGGUCGACGUACUAGCCAAGGCUGAUCCACCUACGUGUCAACCCCUGCAGCUCACCAUGCACGAUCGGGAUUAAGUGCCGCGUGUCAGUGUGCGAAGUGUAGUAGAGUGAGUCUGUGAAGUGAAAAGUCACCUGAUAGACCUCUUGUACCCACGUUUUUUUUUUUUAACUACUUAUUCUUUUAAUUUGUAGCAGUUAAUAUCGAUUGGUCAAAUAUACAUUUUUAAAAAUGAAACUCGCGGUUUAUAAGGGGUCGAUGCAAACUUUUCUCUCCACUUAGGUGCUUUAACUGCUCUACAUGUAACCAAAGUAUUUCGAACAAUUAUUUAUAUUCUGUACAUAUUUAUUUAAUUCGUGUCAGCGUGCUGUGAUUCGACUGACAUUCUAGAGGAAAACGAGGUUCCUUCUCGCGGAUGUAAAUAAAAACGGUGAUUUGUUGCUGCAUACUAAUUUCCGAAAAUACUAGUUACGAAUAUUCACCUGCUAAAUUAAACAUCAUACUAAUGUACCUGUUGAUAAAAUGGAAAUCUACGACUUUACAUACCUCUUACAUUAACGGGAGCUAUGAUCGGUUUUUAACUCUGCCGUCUAUGUAUAAUCCAUAGUAUGUACAUAUUUAUACCUGUUUAAUAAAGCGCACUAUAAGAGUAUAAGUACAUUAUGCAGAUGUAAACGUUCAAGAUUAAAUCGUACUGUAGCUUUAGCAAAGGAACAAUAUUUAUGCUCAUUCAAUUGUUUUUUAUUUUAGGGCGUUUCCUUGGAGCUCAAAAAAUUAUUUAACUAGCAAUGAAAUUGUUUCAACUUGAUAAUACAUAUGUUUGAAUUAUACCCGUGUUAUGAAGCAAUUUAAUGAAGUAAGUAGUUGAAAAUUUAUUGUGUAUUAUUAAUUCAAAAUGUUAUUAUUGUACAUUAGUCUUAAGGAGUAUUAUUGUUAAUGAAAUACAAUUUG